AUUUCAUUAUAUUGACGCUCGUACAGUAAGCUGUCAGAAGCUUGUUGCUUAAAUCUGUGCAGUGCUGUAAACUAGGGGAAAAACGACAUCGACCACGUUGACGGUACACACAAGCUUCAGUUCUGAGAACAGAUACGAAUAUGUUUGCUGGAUAGACCUUCCGGGAGCCAAGCCGUGUUUUCGUUAGUUCGGUGGUGCUGCCGUGUCGUCUGCCCUGGCUGGUGCGUGUUAGCCCUAUCCUCUGGGAUGAUGAGAUCACCAAUUGAAUUGAAUGUCUUUGAGAAGAUGUCACCGAGCUGAAGUUGUACAUUGGUCUGCGUCUGUCUUGUCUUAAAGGCCAGACUCGAGCCCCAGCGUAGGAUACCUCAGCUGCAAGCACUUCACCACGUCUUUGCACUAUUUUAGCACCGAAAAGAAUGUUAAAAUAGUGCUAUAUUAUCAAGAAGGACUUAGGAUGAAGAAUAAUGACUGGAAAUCACUAAAGGGAGAAGCCUGCAUUAAAUUUCUAUCACUGGACUGAUAUAUAUAGGCAGUAUUUUACUGACUUGAACAUAUAGUUCAUUGAUGGGUGAUUUUUAAGCCGUUAGAUCAUUCUGCUCCUGCUGAUGGAGGACUCACCAGGUUGUCUUAGUUGAGGACUACAGUCAGCCUAAACUGAACUUUGAGUGCAUGAAGCACAUGACAAUAAGACUGCCUCUAAAUUUUUAAUAUACUACUAAAACUAUCGGAUAUGGCGUUGAACAUUUCUUCGGUGAGAGACACUAAAUGGCUAACUCUGGAGGUCUGUCGACAGUUUCAGCGGGGAAACUGUUCACGCAGGGAUGAGGAAUGUAAAUUUGCUCAUCCACCAAAGAGCUGCCAAGUUGAAAAUGGUAGAGUUAUUGCCUGCUUUGACUCACUGAAGGGUCGGUGCUCAAGAGAAAACUGCAAGUAUCUUCACCCACCUUCGCAUUUAAAAACCCAGCUGGAGAUAAAUGGACGCAACAAUCUAAUCCAGCAGAAGACUGCAGCCGCUGUGCUCGCCCAACAGAUGCAGCUUGUAAUCCCUGGACCCAGUCUGCAGCCUAUGGGCCUUGGCACAAAUACCGGUCUUGGUUAUGGUUCGUACAUGACACCACUGAGCCACGGGAUGGGUCUUGUUCCCUCAGAAAUCCUCCCCAACACCUCAGUUCUUGUUCCUGGGAGUUCUCCUGUCACAAUCCACAAUUCCUCCUCUUCCUCGGCUUCUUCUCCUUCACAGAAGAUGCAGCGCACAGACAAACUAGAGGUUUGUCGUGAGUUUCAGCGUGGGAACUGUGCAAGGGGGGAGACAGAUUGCCGCUUCGCUCACCCCAGUGACAGUCCAAUGAUUGACACCACUGAUAACACUGUCACUGUUUGUAUGGACUAUAUCAAGAGCCGCUGCUCCAGGGAGAAGUGCAAGUAUUUUCACCCACCUGCACACUUACAGGCCAAAAUCAAGUCCGGCCAACAGCAAGCCAGUCAGACAGCUGUCGCUGCCCAGGCCUCAGCCAUGACUCAGUCGACUGCCAAAGCAAUGAAGCGACCCCUCGAGGCAACUGUAGACCUGGCCUUUCCCCACAGCAUCAUGCAAUCCCUACCAAAGAGACAAGCACUUGAGAAGAGCAGCUGGGCCAGCUCCCUCCUCAGUCCCAGCUUUUUGCACUACCAACAGGCUUUGGCUAAUGCGCAGCUGCAGCAGCCCACCACAGCAUUUUAUCCUACCGGGUCUGUCUUUUGCAUGACUCCAGCCAAUGGCGUUGUCCCCAUGAUGUACAGUGCUACGCCUGCUACUGUCUCUGCAGCAACUACUCCCGCCACAAGUGUCCCCUACGCAGCAACAGCAACAGCCAAUCAGAUCAUCCUCAAGUAACCACCACAAACAGGAGUCAGUGCCAUGUUGCUGCUGUUAAAGGUUCCAAACAGCCAACCUGUAAAUACACCACACACCAUAUACAACAAGCUGCAUGCUGAUAAUAUCACUGAUGGAAAAACCUGCGCACAUUACUUUUAUCUACGGUAAUAAAUUACACAAGACGAUUACUAGGAUUAUACUCUGUUAGCUAAAUGUGUGGACAUGCCCUUGCACCCGAAUUAACAUACAUCCUGUGUAAUUUGCAAAACAUCCUGCUUUCUAUUUCCCAAACCAGUUCUGACGUGAGCAGAGGUGAAUUCUCUGUGUUUAAGAUUCUCUCAUUGGAACCUCCGUAAAUAAAAAAAAAUCUACUUUUUCUGGACUAAUAUAAGCGGAAACCAGAUGAGGAAAAAAAACAAAAGACCAACAUGUAUUUCAUUGACAUGUAAGUUACACCCGUAGUGGAAGAGAUGCGUGUCACACAUCGAAUAUUAGAUCACCCUUCAGUGUGUAGACACAACAUGUUAAUGUCAGGUGUAAUGUGGUCCUAUACUUAUCAUCAUAUAAUGAUAUUGAGCAACAAAUCAUUUCUUUCUUGAAUGUCUCAUUUAACCUACUUAUUAACGUUAAUGAUUGUUUAUGUAGUACCAGAUUUAAUUCUUUUAAAAGUUACUCAUGGAAAAAGCACUUAUUUUAACUUCAAACUUGUACAAAUGUAAUUUCACAGUAGGCUCAUUGAAGUUCUGAGAAACGACUCCUGUUAUUCAUCCUGUUCUCCCCGGAAAACAGGACCAGUGCUCCACCCCCUGGUGUGCCUUUGCAUUGCAUAUACUGUAUGUCAUUUUUGUUGCUAUAGGCGCAACAAAAAUGUAAGCAGUUCUUUUUGUUCUUUGUUAAAAAAAAUCAAAAUAUUUCACUUUUGGGGCAGGUUUCACAAAGACACUCAUUGACUGUGGCUUCGCUCAAACUUAGAACUUAAAUCAUUUUCUUGUAGUCAUCUAUAUCAGUAUGUUGCACUUGUUAACUGUAUGAGGUUGAGCCCCGAGAUGAUGUGGCCUCCCGUAAUGUGGAAGGAAUCAUAAUCUGUGUUUACCCGGCAUUCCUUAAAUGACCUUCUCUGGUUUUCCUUCACAUUUUUUGGUCAUUUUUAGUUCAUCUCUUUGGUUGUAGUGUAAACGAAUAAGUCUGACAAAGUCUGACAAAGUCUGAUAGUCUGACAAAGAUAGCCGGUGUCACUAAUUGGUUUAAAGUUUCUGAUCGCCUCUUUGUGAAACCGACCCCUGGUUAAGCUUGAAGAUACAGCAAAGAGCCUCCACAGCCGAUAUAGUUAACGUGAAGGUGAAUGAAAGUACUAGUGCUCAUAUUCAAACUAAAGUUCUUAUGAAGAUAUGAAGUUUAAGUUGAAUGGUGUGUGAACUGUCAGUCUUAAUUAUUUGACAUUUACAAGUGCCUCAAGAAUUCUGCAUGCAAUGACAUCUAAGAAUAUUUAAAAA